AUGAGCUUUUCCAGAGUUGAUGAGUGCUUUGAAGGCAGGCGGAUUGGAAAGCUUUUUCUGUCAAACAUUGAAAUUGCCAAGGGCAGUAAUGGGACUGUUGUCCUCGAGGGUGUCUAUGGUGGGCGUCCAGUCGCUGUUAAGCGUCUUGUUCGCGCUCAUCAUGACGUGGCUUUCAAAGAGAUUGAGAAUCUUAUUGCUUCCGAUCAACAUUCAAACAUUGUUCGAUGGUUUGGAGUGGAGUAUGACACGGAUUUCGUUUACAUUGCUCUUGAGCGUUGCACUUGCAGCUUAAACGAUUUGAUCCUUGUAUGUUCAGAUUCUUCAGUGCCUGCAUCACCAUAUCAAACUCAGAUUCAAAACCAGAAAACCGAGUACAAGAUUAGUUUGAAAGGCAUCGAUGGGGUUGUUGAACUUUGGAAACCAGAUGGAUGUCCGACGCCCCAAUUGCUAAAAAUAAUGAGGUUAGUAGAGUUUCUUUCUCUCAAAGAAUCUCUUUCUUUGAGAUAUUACGUCUUAAUUUUGUCUUGUCAUCUUUUGUAUCUCUUGGCGCUUGCAUCUCAUAUGGGUCUAUUAUUGAAGUUGGGGAAAAUAUGUGAGAGAAACCAGUGCGGCAAUCUUCACUGACAGGCACAGUUACAGCUUUGCCCGUUGUGUUUUUAGAUUGGAGACUGAGGAAGAGAUGUUAUUGACAGCCGUAAGAGAAGUGUAAAGAGAUGUAGCUGAGAUGAUAGAUUUAAAUGGACGAGUACUAUACAUAAAAGAAAGGUAGGUUGACUUCACUUAUGAUUGCUGCGCUGUGGGCCACCAGUUAAGGGAAGAAGAGGAAAUUUAGGUAGCUUAAGAGCCUUUUGUCAUCAUUUGGAGAACUGUAAGUGCAGUGCAUCAAGUAGCUGGAAGGUUUCAAAGAUAACAUCAACUCUCACUUAGUAGAGUGCAUCGGAAAUUGGAAAGACAUUCAUUACUAAAGGGGUGUGAGCAGUGAGAAAAGCAGAGAGGAAAGGAGGGAGAUUGUGUUGUGUUCCUUAGUGGGACGACCUACUCACAGCCUUGCUGUCACCCAGCAGCCAGAAUUUUUACUUCUGCUAACCCUGACAAUUCCAUUAAUCCAUCACUUAGUCUAGGUCACUUUGACUACAAGCCACAGUUGUACCAGCAAUUGAAGGAUCGCGUAAGCUAGCUGAACCCAAUAACCCAGAUCGAAAGCCUGGUCACUCAUCGGUCUGGCAGUCUCAAGGAAACCUUAAUGUACACCCGAGUAUAUUCAAAAUGGUCCGCUCAAUCCCGUUCAAGCAGAUUAAUUAUGUUGGCGAUUAUUCACUGAAGUUGAAGCAAGAAAAGAUAACCCAUUGGAUAGAUAUCAGUUUGAAGUUGAAGCAAGAAAAUAUAAUUUUACUACUUCAAAACCAAUGUUAUCAUGUAGUUUUUUACUAAUGUAUUUUGAAUGCCACAGUGAAAUAUGUUCUUAUUUAUAUUUCUUCCGAUUGAAAUCACCAUCCUUAGUGUUAAAUCAGAGGUUUUUCUUUGCGUAUUUUUCUCUUGCCAUGUGGGCUAGAAGCUUAUUUAUGGCUGGUUUCUAAUAUCUAGAUGAAUGAUGCAGGGAUGUGGUUUCUGGGCUCGCGCAUUUGCACGAGCUGGGAAUCAUCCACAGAGAUAUCAAGCCUCAGAAUGUUUUAAUAACCAACAAUAGGUGCCUCUCUGCAAAGCUUUCGGACAUGGGUAUUAGCAAGCGCCUACCCCAAGAUAUGUCUUCUUUAGGGCACCAUGCCACCGGUAUGGCCAGGACAUAAACUCUACCCAUUUUGACUCCAAAAUCUGUACUUGGUCCCUGAAAAUUAUAACACCCAGCUUUCCAAAUCUGUGCCUUCGCCAAUGAUUCAUCCAGGGAGCGGGAGCUCUGGAUGGCAAGCUCCUGAACAGCUGCUACACGGGCGCCAAACCAGAGCAGUUGACCUGUUCAGCCUGGGAUGCGUUCUUUUCUUCUGCAUUACGAAAGGCAGGCACCCGUUCGGUAGUCACUAUGAGCGCGACUCAAACGUCAUCAACAAUCGCGUGGACCUGUUCUUGGUGGAGCACAUUCCGGAAGCCGUCCAUCUGUUUUCCAUCUUGUUGGAUCGCGACCCGGAGAAGAGGUGCCUUUCCCCUGCUCGAUCUCGAUCUCGUAUCUCCAACAAAUGGGUCAUCUGAUUUCCAGUUACCUCUCAUUAUUUCCUACUGGGUCUUCUGUAAUGCAACAUUUUUUCGCAGGCCGCGGGCUGCAGAGGUGCUGCAGCAUCCUCUUUUCUGGAGCCCAGAGAUGAGGCUCUCAUUCCUGAGAGACACCAGCGACAGGGUCGAGCUGGAGGAGAGGGAAAGCGACUCUCAACUCCUGAGAGCGUUGGAGAGCAUCGGCCAGGCGGCAUUCGGCGGCAGGUGGGGCAACAAGCUUGAAGCCCCCUUCAUCAUGGAUAUCAGCCGAUAUCGAAGAUACAGGUUCGAGAGUACGCGCGAUCUACUGCGGGUCAUCCGCAACAAGCUGAACCACUACAUGGAACUCCCAAGAGCACUGCAGGUAUCCCCUCCAGCUCGUCCUUUCCACUGAGUCUUUGAGCUUUUUGCUUCUAUUAGCCCUCAUUCUGCACCUCUAACAUCCCAAAACCACAGGGACAUUAACACUGAUAUCUCGUUCUACCCCAGAAAAAACCCAUAUACUCUCUCUCUCUCACUCACAUUAACACUGAUCUCUCUCUCUCUCUCUCUCUCUCUCUCUCUCUUCUCUCUUCUCUCUCUCGCUUUCUCUCACAUGGCAGGAGCUUCUGGGUUCAGUUCCUGACGGAUUUGACAAGUACUUCUCAACUAGAUUCCCAAGACUCUUGAUGGAAGUUUACAAAGUGAUGUACUGGCACUGCAGGGACGACGACUCCUUCAGAAAGUACUUCAAGAGCACGGAGAACUGA